AUGCUUCAACGUAAAAACAAUUUAACAACGAAACGAUGGUCAGAAUGGAGAUUGCAACGAUAUCUUUUCCAAUUUUGGCCUACUUAUAUAAUAGCUAUUAUAUUUACAUCGAUCGGCGAUACGAUUGCUGAUAGCGAUUUGUCAACAAAUUUGACAGAGACAUCAAUUACCACUGGGAAAAGUUCUUUUACAGUGUACCGAUUGAAUCCAGAAACCAAAGGACAAACAGAAUACCUUCUUGAUUUAUUAGUAAACAGCACAAAGAUAGAUUUUUGGAAAGCACCGAGAGUAGCCGGUGGUCAAGUACAUGUGAUGAUUCGAGAAGAGAUGAAGGAUGGAUUUUUGAAAUCAAUGAAAACACAUAAUAUUUCAUAUUCAGUCAUGAUCGACGAUGUUGAAAAGAAAAUAAGAAAAUUACGCGAAAAAGCCAAUAGGUCACGUCAUUAUAAUUGGUUACGAGAUGAUCCAUCAUCAUCACGUCGGGUUCAUUUCAAUCUGGCCCAGUACCAUUCAUAUAAUGAAAUUCUCAAUUAUCUAGAUCAGUUAAGUGCUGCAUAUCCGGAUCGUACCCAAGUGAGAAGUAUUGGUGUCACCCACGAAGGACGACAGUUAAAAUUAAUCAAGAUUGGCAAGCCAAGACAUUUUCAAAAAGCAGGCAUUUGGAUCGAUGGUGGCAUCCAUGCACGUGAAUGGGUUUCACCAUCUACUGUACUGUAUAUGAUAGAUCAACUGGUGACGAAAUAUGACGUGGAUCCACAAAUUCAACGUCUUGUUGAUGAGUUGGACUGGUUUAUUGUUCCGCUGCUCAAUCCUGACGGAUAUGAAUAUACUCGAAGUAGCACUAAUCCGGAAGUCCGACUUUGGCGCAAAAAUCGCUCACCACUGACUUGUCGAAUUUCACACAAUGGAAUUUUUUCACAUCCUCAACAAAAAUGCUGUCAAGGUGUUGACUUAAAUCGUAAUUAUGAUUGGCAAUACGGUAUGGAAGGCUCAUCUAACGAUCCAUGCUCAGAAAUUUAUCAAGGUCCGUCUGCAUUUAGCGAGCCGGAAACACGAGCCGUAUAUAGAUUCAUUGCUGAACGACGUCAUAUCAUUAAAACAUUUCUAACAUUUCAUAGUUAUUCUCAAAUUUUAAUGUACCCAUUUGGACACCGUGAACGGACCUAUACAUCUGAUGUUGAUGAUUUAAGAAGUACAGCAUUGCAAGCAGCAAACGCUUUGCGUGCAGCAUAUGGUACGCAGUAUACGGUUGGUACCGGUGCCGAUACUUUGUAUCCUGCAUCCGGCGGGGCCGAAGAUUGGGCGAAAGGACGAAUGGGAAUAAAGUAUUCGUAUUUGUUUGAAUUACGUCCAGAUGGCGAAGUUUGGGAUGGUUUUCUGCUAGAUGAAAGUCAGAUAAUACCAACGGCACGUGAAUCAUUCGAAGCUGUAAAAGUGAUUGCGAAUCGUACCUCGGCGAUGUUUACACCAAAAAAUAUAACACCUAUAGAAAUGAAUAACUCAAAAAGAACGACAUGCGUUGACAAUGAACAAUUUUUGCACUUUUUUGGGCUCGACAUGGUUAUUGCAGUAGUUGGGAAAUUAUGCGAAAAAAUUUGCGCACGUUCUUGUGGUUUUUUGUAGAACAUUUAAUGUUACUACGUAAAAUAGUGAAAU